CUUAAAGCCCAUUUCAGCUAAACCCUAAUUCUUUCUCUCUCUCUCUGGGAUUUUCUUAUUCUCAAUAACAGUAAGAAUGGCAAAAUUUCAUCGAACAGAUUGCAUCGAGAUUUUGUCGCAAAUUAAGCAUCAAGAGAAGCUGGUUAAUCUCAAAAGAAGGUGGUUGAUGGGACUUUCGACUUCCAGGUCCAAAAGGAAGCCAUGUAAGGAACCCAAGUUUUUUAAGUACAAGACUUUGCCUGAAUCUCUUCUGAGGGAUGAUGAUAUAUUCUGUGAGACUAUUAAAACUCAUGUUGAGGAAGCUUUUGGAGCACGUAAUUUCGGGAGAGGAAGUCAUGUUAUUCAACAUAGUGUCCAAUUGUUUGAUGCACCCAAGAUAAUGGGAUUCCUUCUCUCGUGCCUCAAUGCUUUGACUAAUAAUGGGCUUUACCUUAUUGCUAUGAUACUUACAGGAGGCUCAGGAAGUUUUGAGAAAACUCGGUGCAAAAUGAAGCAAGUUAUCAGAGAAUCUUUGCCGAGAUGUUUGAGCAGUGAAAAUCAUGAUCAUAAGAAAAAGGAUACAAUUAUGAAGCUAUAUAGAGUUCUCAAUGAUUGUCAAAAUUUUCGGGACAAUUCUAUGAAAUCAAUGACUGCAACAUUUCAAAUUCAUCAUGAUGCUGCGAUCCAUGUGCUGGAUGGGUUAGAGGAUUUCCCUUUACAAACCUUGAUUGCAAUGGACAGGAAGCUUAGAUGUCUCAAAAGAUUGCCCCAGUUACAGGCUUGUGAAUGGGGAAAAAAACGCAAACGCUUAAUUGAGAAAGUGAGUAAAACAGGCAAAAGGAUGCUUAGGGAUCUUGAAAAAGGAGGUGAACUACGAGAGCCAUUAGCUAAAGCAUUGGCAGUAGCAGACUUAUCAAUAAAACUAACUAGGGGCUGUCUAAAUACCUCAACAACAUGCUUUCACCGAUUCUCACCAGAAAUAAUAACCUUGCAGAAUGAUAUUAUCAAGGCUAUUUGGAUUCUCAAAACAAAGGUUAGAUUCCCUGAGCUGAAAACCUUAAAGCUUUUGUUGGAUCCGAAGGUUGAUAUAUCAAAUCGUUCUUUACGAGGAGCAAUUACAAAUAUGUUAACAGAGUUUCUCUUCGAGUGCAGUGAUAUGGAUACAAUUCCCAAGUCUUUAUUAGAAACUCUUGCUGUUAUUAAUAAGGAUUCUCGAUCUAUGCCACAUGGACGCUUCCUAAAGGAGGAAAUUGAAGAAGAGAUAGAAUGUAUACUAAGUGUGAGUGCUCAGUUGAAACAAAUUGUUUGGGACUUGCUUCCUGAUCAUGAGUUAGAUGAGGAAUUUGCUGAUGCGUAUGGAGAAGAAUUAGAAGAUAGUGUUGAUGGUAGUUGUGUAGAGGAUGAUGGGCAAAUGGAAAAUGAAGACUCUGAGAGUUGUAUGUCAUGUUCUGUCAAUUCAAUUGAGAGAGAUGAGGUUAAACUGAAUGUGAAAGUGGAUCCAGAAAUCAUAUCAAAUUAUGAGACAGGUAGCGAAGAUAUAAACGAAGUAAAGAGUGUGGGCAAAUUGCAUGCAUUUAUUGAUGGAAAUUGUUUUUCACCAUUCGGUCUACCAAGUGGAGAGUUAAAUGACUAUUCAUUUGAGAGAGAUGAAGUUAAACUGAACAGUGGAGUGGGUCCAGAAAAUGCAUCAAUUUUCUCUUCCAACCGCCAGUUGAGGAAUGCAAUGUUUGUGCACAACAAAUCAAGAAUGUAUAGAAAUCAAUACCUUAACAUCCAAGAAGCAAGUGAUGAGACAAGUUUGGUUGCCUACAAUCUAAUUGGUCUGUUACUGGAAAAGUUCACUAAGGAGCAGGACAUGGAUUUAGAUUGGAGCGAUAGCUUGUAUCUUAGAGGUGACUCUUCAGUUCAAGAACAUACCCAAGGAAAGAAGCAGAAAUGGCCUGAGGAAGAUGUGGGAGGUUCUUUCAUUCAAAUACUCAAGGAGCUAAUGCCUUCCGUUCCAAAGAGUGACAGAGAAAAAUUGGAGUGAAUGGGCACAAAUUAGGCACCGUUCGAUUUUGCAGGAUGAUUUUAAGGGCACAGAUUUUGUUAUGCUUCUGUGCUUAUUGAUUAAAUCUGACCUAUUCAAAUUUCUCUUCAAUCUUCAAUUAUUGGAGAUGUGGCUUUGACCUCCAAGGAGAGCAGAAUAAAAAAAGAUUACAUGGCCUCACUGGUUCUCAUUGUACAAUAAAUUGAUUGCUGGCUUGAUCUUGUUGCUUCAGAUCCAGGUAACCAUCCGAACCCCGCACAUAAUUGAUUGAAAACUGGUAAAGUGGAGAGCCAUAUUGUAUCUCAUCCGUUUCAGGAAAGUUUCAUUUUUUAUUCUUUGAUUUGGGGAAGGGGUAUUCAAGCCUUUUUCCUUGAGCAUGAAUUAAAUGUUCCCAUGCGAAAUAUCCAUUCUUUGGUACUUAUACUAUCAGUAAUAAUAGCAAUUCAUUUAGUUU